AUGUUAGAUCAGAAGAGUGCAUGGAGUCCUUUGUUAAGGACUGUUCAUUCAGUUUAUAAUAGAUCUCCAUCAAAAUUGUUACAUGAAAUUAUUUUGUAUGAUGAUUUCAGUAAAAGAGAUGAGUUAAAAGAAAAACUUGAAAAAUAUAUUAGAAGAUUUAAUGGUAUUGUUAAAUUAUUUAGAGCAACUGAAAGAAUGGGAUUAAUUAGAGCAAAAAUUGCUGGAGCCAAACAUGCAACAGGAGAGGUUGUUGUAUUUCUUGAUUCUCAUUGUGAAGCUAAUACUGGAUGGUUAGAACCAAUUGUUGAGAGGAUAUCUCAAAAUAGAAAAGCUAUUGUAUGUCCAACUAUUGAUUAUAUUUCAGCUGAGAAUAUGGCUUAUAGUGGUAGUAGUGGAUUAGCUAGUGUUGGUGGUUUUAGAUGGUCACUUCAUUUUACCUGGGAUCCUAUUUCUGAUAGAGUUAAAAAAACAUUAAAAUCAGGUACUGAUCCUAUUCCUAGUCCAACAAUGGCUGGUGGUUUGUUAGCAGCAAACAGAGAAUAUUUUUUUGAAAUUGGUAGUUAUGAUCCUGGUAUGGAUAUAUGGGGUGGUGAAAAUUUAGAAAUAUCUUUUAGAACAUGGAUGUGUGGUGGUUCAAUUGAAUUUCUUGGUUGUUCACAUGUAGGGCAUAUUUUUAGAAGUGGACAUCCUUAUGAUAUGACAGGAAGAAAUAAUAAUAAAGAUGUUCAUGGAACAAAUUCUAAAAGACUUGCUGAAGUAUGGAUGGAUGAAUAUAAGGAAUAUUAUUACAGUCAUCGGACAGAUUUAAGAUAUAAAGAUGUUGGAGAUUUAUCUGAAAGACAUGAAUUAAGAAAAAGAUUAAAGUGUAAAUCUUUCAAAUGGUAUUUACAAAAUGUCAUACCAGAACAAUAUGUACCACAUGAACAUUCAUUAUUUUAUGGAAGUAUUUCUAAUAAAAAAACUGGAUUUUGCCUUGAUACUUUACAAAGACCUGAAGAGGCAUAUAAAAAAGUAGGAGUUUAUCCCUGUCAAAAUAAUGCUAAUACAGAACUUUUUGGUUUAACUUUUGAUAAUAUACUUAGAAGAGAAGAAUGUUGUAUUAAUAGUUCCACAGAAAAUGGUAUCACUUAUCUUAUAAUGUCUCGAUGUAGAAAAUCAACUAAAAAUGAAAAAUUUGAAUUGAUUGGAAAUAAAAUUAGAUCUAAAAAAAAUGGACUUUGUAUUGACUUUGAAGGCACCACAAUAGGUAGUGAUAUUAAAUUAAUGGAAUGUGAAGAUGAUAAAGAUACACAAACUUUAAUUUUAAAUAAAUAUAAUUUUCCUUACAUGUAA